AGUCAAUAAAAAGGGAUGAUGAAACCAAACAGCGUCUGAUUUUUGAAAGUGAUCUCUCUCUCGCUACCUCUUCACCAGCCACCAUGAAGUUUCAAUUGCGCCAUAGCGGGGUCUGCCCCCUUCUCGCCCUCCUCCUCCUCGCCCUCGUCUUGCCGGCCAAGUCCACCUUUGAUGUGGAGAAGUGCAGAGGUGUUGAUUUGGAUGCAACCGAGGAUCACAUGAUGCACGUUACAGACUGUCUUAGUAAAGCAGGGGCCAAGGAAUUCCAUGAUGUUCCCGCAGAGAAAAUGCCGUGUUUUGGAAAGUGCGUCAUGGAGAAGAAGGGCAUCAUCGAUGACAAAGGCCUGCCCCACAAGGAGAACAUUAUGAAACUCAUCACGGACAACAUGCCAAAGGCUGUGCAUGACGAUCUGAACAAACGGAUGGAAAACUGCUUAGCCGAAGAAACAUCGAUGAUCGACCCUGCGGAUCCUUCCUGCAAUACGUACAUGCCCCUCGGAAUGUGCAUGCAUUUGAGUUUUCUAGAAGAGUGCGAAAAGUGAGAAGAUGUAUGAAUAUAAUUGCCAUCAGUGAUCACGUCGGGUGAGGGUGAAUGGAUUUUUAGCAAAAAAGAGAGAAAAAACACAUUAAAUGUUUUCACCACAAGAUUGA